UUGACGGGGCGGGAAAUCCACGGGCGUUCACACAUCACAUAUUGCCUUUCACUUCUGAUCUAGAUCACGACGAGCGGACGGUGGUCGUCGUCGACUCCUAUGAAUUUAUAAUCAAAAGAAGAUGGAUAUGUUGGCACUUCGUCUGAGUUUCUAUCUCGUCGUGUGCAUGUUGGAAGUGGCUCAUGGGAGCAACGAUUGUAUGCCUAAAGGUGGAUGUCCUAUUGUGAUCACUCCCUCCCGAAUAGUUGUGCAGUACGGAUCUACAUUAUAUGCCGACUGUUGGAGUUGUGUAAAAGGCUCUUGUAAAGAGACUAAAUGGGAGAUCCCCACGGGAUCAUUUGAAAGGCUUAUUAACUCGAUUAACGGAAUCAACAAGACGAUAUCACGGUGGAAUGUGGACAACGCCACAGAAUGGGACAUGAGGCCCAUGUGCUACGAGUUGAACAAUACAAACUGUUGCACUGUUCAAGCUGUCACCUUAUACAAACCUCCUGACAACGUAUCCAUCAGCUUUGUAAAACACACUGGCCCACUGCUUGAAGGACAUCAGUACAACCUCCAGUGCCGUGUCCAGAACGUUGCUCCUAUCCAGAACCUCACCGUGACCUUCUACAAAGGAGACACCAUCCUGGACUCGGUACAGCCCAACAGGACCUCUGGGAAUACAACGGUGACAGAGACGUUCACCAGCUUCAGCCUCAACUCCAGCAGAGGGGAUGAUGGUGUCCAGUACUGGUGUGAAGCCAAGCUGAACCUGGGACAACAAGGUCCACCUCCUGUAACGAUGUCAGAACGCCUAACAACAACUGUGUACUUCAAACCUAAGAAGGGGCAUGGGUCUUCGCCAGAUCCUAUUUCCAUCGCAGUAGGGGAACCUUUCAAGUUGAACUGCACAGCCCAUUCCAACCCCAGUCCAGCCUACAGUUGGACCGGUCCUGACAACACCACAGUCGGCAACGGCAGUGAUUUCUCUGUGCAGUCGGCUGGUUUUGAACACGAGGGCCUGUACGUUUGUGCCGCCCGCAACAGCCAGGGAAGCACAACUGUGACGUUCAACGUGGAUGUCCAUGUUUGCUGGUUUCAUAUCACCGUAGGCGUGUCAGUGCUGUUGUUGGUCAUCGGCUUGGUCGUUGGUGGGUUUGUCUACUCCAAAAAAACCAUGGUGGGACGGUACUGAUUCCAACCUUGGAAGUAUUUCCUAAGAGGCAAUGAGCUUUUGGUUGUGGCCCAAUAGCUGCCAACUGCCGUUCCUGGAAUGAAAUGAAGAAUGUACUGUUGAUCCUCCCAUCUGAGUUGGUAUAUCAUACUCAGGCCCCGUCCACACAAAGCCGAUUUCAUGGCAAAACCGCAAAGGUCUUGUACGGUUCGGCCUUCCGUCCACACGAAGCCGGCGAAUCCGCUGACCGA